AUGAGAAAAAUCUCUUUUGUAAGUACUUAUACCCGGAAACCCAAAGGAAACCACCAACUACUAGUAACUUUGAAAAUGAAUGCCCCCGAAAAGUUGAGUCAAAAGGCCUCACAGAAUGUAAUGAAGCGCUUUGGUGUAUGGCUUAAAAGCCCAGACUUUCGUAGAUAUUUGAUGAGUACCCAUUUCUGGGGACCUUUAUCGAACUUUGGUAUUCCUAUUGCUGCUAUUUUGGAUUUGAAAAAGGACCCUAAAUUGAUUUCUGGACAGAUGACUUCUGCUCUUGUUGCCUAUUCUGCUGUUUUUAUGCGUUAUGCCUGGAUGGUAAGCCCCAGAAACUAUCUUUUGUUGGGCUGUCACGCUUUUAACUGUACCGUACAAAGUGUCCAAGGACUCCGUUUUGUCAACCAUUGGUAUGGAUAUGGUGACCAAAGCUCUGUUGUCGAAAAUGUAGUGAAGGCUGCUAAGAAGGAAAAACCUGUUAGAGACUAA